CCGGCUCCACAUCGGCGGAAGGGCGAGCGGAGAACCGGCGGGGACAUGGACGGCGGUGGCAAGGAGGAGCUGGACAUGGAAGUAAUGAAGCCAUUAAUUGAUGAACAGAAUUCGGAUGGCAUCUCUGAUGAAGAGCAUGACAAUAAUUUCCUGCCAGUUGAGAAGCAUUACCAGCUGGAUAAUGAAGGUGGCAUUACAUUUAUACAAACACUGAUGCACCUUCUCAAGGGAAACAUUGGAACUGGGCUUCUUGGUCUUCCACUUGCAAUAAAAAAUGCUGGCAUUGUGGUCGGACCAAUCAGCCUUGUGGUCAUAGGAGUUAUUUCAGUUCACUGUAUGCACAUCUUGGUACGUUGCAGCCACUGUCUAUGUCAGAGGCUGAAAAAAUCCUCUCUGGGGUAUAGUGAUACAGUUAGUUGUGCCAUGGAAGUGGGGCCCCUGACUGCCCUUCAGAAACGAACUUCUUGGGGACGGUAUGUUGUGGACUUUUUCCUAGUGAUAACACAGCUGGGAUUUUGUAGUGUGUAUAUUGUGUUCUUGGCAGAAAAUGUGAAACAAGUCCAUGAAGGAUUCUUGGAAAACAAGAUUUCUCCCAUAAAUAUCAAUGCCACCAGCAGUUCUUCUGAAAAAAGGAGUACUGAUUUACGAAUAUACAUGCUGUGUUUCCUGCCAUUCAUGAUCCUCCUGGUCUUUAUUCGUGACCUUAAGAGCCUGUCCUUCCUUUCAUUGGUUGCCAAUCUGUCCAUGGCUGUCAGCCUUGUCAUCAUUUACCAGUAUAUUGUUAGAGAUAUAGUGGAUCCUCGAAAACUGCCUCCUGUGGUUGGCUGGAAGAAAUACCCACUGUUUUUUGGGACUGCAGUGUUUGCUUUUGAAGGAAUUGGGGUGGUCCUGCCACUGGAGAACAGAAUGAAGGACACCACACGUUUCCCACAGGCUCUGAACAUUGGCAUGGGAGUAGUCAUGACCUUGUAUAUUUCAUUGGCCACUCUGGGAUAUCUGCGUUUUGGGGAUGGAAUUAAAGCCAGCAUAACUUUAAAUCUGCCACAAGAUAUAUGGUUGUAUCAGUCUGUAAAAAUUCUGUACUCCUUUGGGAUUUUUGUGACGUAUUCGAUUCAGUACUAUGUCCCUGCGGAGAUCCUCAUUCCUGCUGUCACCUCCAAAGUGGAACAGAAGUGGAAGUUAUCCUGUGAGCUCCUUACAAGAGCACUAUUAGUCUGCGCAACCUGUGCUGUAGCAGUUCUGAUCCCUCGCCUGGACCUGGUGAUUUCUUUCGUCGGAGCUGUCAGCAGCAGCACUCUGGCACUGAUUCUGCCACCUCUGGUUGAAAUCCUCACUUUCUACAAGGAAAACUUAACUUUGUGGAUGAUAUUUAAAGACAUUUUAAUAGCUGUCAUUGGAGUUGUUGGAUUUUUAACAGGGACAUAUGUGACAGUCGAAGAAUUAAUUUAUCCAGCAUCUACAGUUCUAACUAAUGCAACAGAGAGCAUCUCUGUGGAAUUAAAUGCUACACACUUGGUGGCUGGUUCAAAAUAA